GAACGCAGAACAGAAUGCUCAAACUGCCACAUGAAAACAGAACUAUAAAGCACAACUUUGAUUGGAAGCAUGAAAGCGAAUCGCUCGUCCUUAGCCUUCCUCUGUAUCGGCGUUUUAACAUGCUUAAUAGGAAUCACAUUGAUAGUGGCAGCAUCCUUUUCUAUGGAAAAAAAAUGCAAAAAUCAAAGCAAUGAAAACGAGGACACCGAAAUAUCUAUACUGAUGGAGGAAACUGAACUCGAAAAGACAAACACAAAAACAUCCAUUCCAAUCGACAACGGAGAAAGAAAACAAUUCACACAAGAAGUUUGUGACUCAAGCGUAGAAGCAGAACGUGUGGAUCUUUACGAGAGAAUCGAAACAGUCAUGGACGAUUACUAUGCUUUGUAUCCGAACAACAUUUAUUGGCAUCUAUACGCUGGUGGAGAUGAUUUGAAACAAUUUCGUCCCUAUAAUGCGUCUCCGUCAGCUAUCAAAUAUCGUAGUGACGAGGCGGCGCGGUUGUACGAAGAAAUCGCGGCGUUACGCAGCACGAUAGACACAGAAAAGUUGAUGCCAAGAGAACUUAAGUCGCUGAUACAACUAUUGCAUUUCCUGAGGAGCAAUUUUGGGCAACCGUUCGGCGAUAACUAUUACAACGGUGAUUGGAUGUUGGGACCCAGUCGUUUUUGCCAGGAGCCAAUAUGCGCCAUUGGCAUGGACCUGAGCUAUCAUUUUGACACGCACGUGUCGUCAUGGCAACCAAGCACUUACGCCGACGUUAGGUAUAUUGUGGAGCAGUUGCGGGGAUACAAAGAUACGAUUUAUCAGUACAUAUUGAACAUGAAGUAUGGCAUUGCUGCGGGCAUGGUUCGUUCUGUCGAGCAGUGCGAGGCCGGUUACUUCUCGUUUGCUAACCAGUAUAGACAGGUCUCGGCAUCGGGCAAAACAGGAAUCCUAAAAGAAAGUUUCGCCAGUGGUCUGAUCAGUGAAAAAUACUUCAAAAAUGUUAACGACAACGACACGCUCCAAUGGCAACGUGACUUCAAGGAAAGCAUGAGAAAAACAGUGAAGAGGACAUUAGUGGAGUACUUCGGAGCACCUUUGACCGAGUUGAUGAACUAUUUGAAAAGUGAAUACAGCAUCUACUGCGUGCCUGAAAACAUUUCCAGCGGUUUGGCAACGCUACCCGUAAAGUACAUUUAUGUGAACGGGACUCGGACCGAGAACAGAACAACGCAAAAACUACCAUUUGGCGAAAUGCUGAACGGAAGUAGAACGUACGAGAGCAUACUGUAUUAUUAUACAACAUCCUCGGAGUUGACUCCUGAUCGCAUUCAUGAACUCGGAAGAGAAAAGUUAAAGACACUGUACGCGGAGGCGCGAAAAGUUGCUAAGAACUUUGAGGGCCUUUCUGAAACAAGGUCUGUCGAGAACUUUAAGAAACUACUGGAGAAACAGUCCAAUUAUUUUAACAAAAAACCGUUUCCAGCAAACGAAUCAGGCGAAAUCGCAUUCCACGCAUGCAGCAAUUUAAAAAAGGCAAAAGUAUUUUGUCCAAAACGGUUCGAAGCUUUUCAGGAAUGGUCGAAAAGCGUUCGAGAAACUCUGAGUUUCAUCGAACCGAAGACAGUCGAUAUGUUCUACUUCAACGGCAUCAAGAAAACGACGCCGAGCUGCCCCGUGGAAGUCGUGCCAAAUUUCAACCCGAAAUCGGGAUCUCAAAGUUACACGAACUCCAAUUACCAUUGCGAUCAUCCCUCCGUAUACAGGUUGCCGUUCUUUAUGGAUAACAUGGGACCAAAGUACAACAUGUUUUCAGUUGCUGGUCACGAAGCAACCCCAGGUCACCACACACAGUUACAAGGAAGUGUAGAAAACUUCAUGGGUGACUGCGAUGAUGUCAUCGAUUGGCUCAACAUGGUCACGCAUUAUCCGCUCUUUACCGAAGGCUGGGCGUUAUACGCCGAAAAUCCCCUGCUGUCUCAGGAAACGAGCAUCUACGAAGACCAUCCACUUCAGAAGUAUGGAAUGUUGAAGUGGCAAAUAUGGAGAGCACUGAGACUGAUCGUCGACACAGGCCUACACCAUAGAGGUAUGUCAAGGAAGGAAGCACUAGACUUUCAUGCCCAGUACGCAUGGGAUAAAACGGACAAGGCGACGAAAGACGUCACAAGGUACCAAAGUAACCCGGCCCAGGCUACGGCAUACAUGAUCGGACAGCUCGAAAUCUGGAGUCUUCGCAAUCUCACGCAACGAAGAUUCGAAGAAGCGGGAAUAAAGUUCAACAAAAAGGAAUUUCACCACCAGGUUCUGAGCCAAGGAGCAAGUCCACUGGAGUAUUUGAGAAUUCACAUCAAAAAGUACAUCAAAUGCGUCGUGAGCGGUUCGCAACAAUGCCACGAAUUAGCAACUGCAACGGCAGACAGGAGAGUUCGAAGAAGUGUCCACAAAAAACAUCUGCUCUUAUCGAAAUAUCGCAAGACUCAGACGCAUUUAGAUUAAAAAAACGACAACCAGUGGCAGAGAGCCACCCACAUAUGUAAAAUUUUGUUUCAUAAAGAUCUUCUGACACAUCUUGUUUUGGCAUUUCUGCACGAGAACGGGUGGACAAAAAAAUUUUCGCUAGAAAAAAGGUCGCACCGCUCAUAUAAAAAAUCCUAUCCUAUUCCACAAUUUCUUUCUUCGUACGCAUGCGCUGAAUGAAAAAGAAAAUAAUUCCUUUUACCGCCAACACAAGAUGUAAACAAAGUAUAUCACGAGGAAGAUCACGUGAAACAGGAUAGUGACGAGCAUUAGAUAUUUAUCAACACAUAAUAUAUGUACCUGUACGAGUUAUUAUCUUUGAAUAAUAAAAAAGUUUGUAUUUAAAA